UCGGGUUCCAUUGUCGUGAAAAAAAUUGCACUGGAGCAAGUCUGGUAGCGCAUGAAAUUUAAAUUAAUGUCUCUCUAAAAAUGCAUUUGCCACAGCUUUAUCUGCCUUUCUUUUACCAAGGAUUUUGAUUAAAUUUGUUCAUACCGAGAAAGUGGCAAAGUAAGGUAUCCCCUCUGUGAUGUCAUCCUCAACACUGGCACGGUCCUCAGUGACCCCAAAAACAAUAGCCUCAGGGAAGGUUUCGAAGGUUCGAAGCACAUCACUGAAAUCAAGUCUACCGUCCCCAGUCCACUCUUCAAAGUCUGGCGCCGGGACGAAAUCUGUUGUUUCAGAGCAGGUAGAUAACGAAGCCAACAGAAACCCCUUCAAAGUUCCUCCAGAUCAGGAUAUCUUCCUCUUGAGGAACAAGGAGAGAGAGCGCAAGAAGCUGGAGCGUGAGCAGGAGAGGAAUCUAAAAAUCCACGAGAAAACAACCUAUGCUGGCCGUGUGAAUGCUAAGAGGACAAAGAUAAGAGAUCUGAUGAAGGAGGGGAAAGAGGAGGGUGCGAAGGGUGGGAGUGACGAUGAACAAGCUUCAUGGAAACUGUCUAUGACUAAGGGUUGCCAUAUAGAAAAAGAAAGCAUCAACGAAUUUAUAUCCAGGAAAAGGCAGAUGUUUUUACUGCAGUACUCCCUGGCAGUGAAGCGAGAUGAGAUGUGCAAGCUGGAUGAGAUGGCGAUCGCUGAGGAGCGCAAGCUGGAGAAGGCUGAGCAGUAUCUGGAGGAAGACGCCACCAUGUUUGACGCCUUCCUGAAGGAGAACGACAAGAACUCUGUGGAAGCCAUAAAAAUCGCUGAACUAGAAACAAAAGUGAAACUGGAGAAGGUGGCUGAAAUAAAAAGAAUAUCCACAAAACUGAUGGGGUUAAAAAGUGAGAUUUCCAAGUUAGAGGAGAUCCUGAAGGAGUACAUGACUUAUAAGGAUUUCCUCAUGAAGCUCUCGCCCAAAGAAUGGCGAGAAGAGUACGAGGCGAAGCAAAGGAAGGCCAAGAAAGAUGAGAAAUCACAAGUGUCACCAACAAAAACCGAGGGCAGGCCUUCCAGCACAGAGAUGCAGGGGAGGAAAGAAUCCAUCAUGAAAGCACAAGGGAUCAGGAAAUCGAGUUUAGAGCCGUCUCAGAUGGAAGAUAUGCAAGAGACCUGCUCGGAUUGUGACGAGGAGCCAGAGUUGUACUUCACGGAUCCCCAGCAGCUACUGGAUAUCCUGAUCGAGCUGGAGGAACAGAACCUCUCCCUGAUCCAGAACUCCCAGGAGACAGAAGAGACACUGGAGGAGUUCAAGCAGACCAUGGCCACCACAAAGCAAAAGAUGGAUCAUGAAACAGAUACUCUGAAACAGCAGGUGGAUAUGCUGCAGUUUACCAUCAACAGGGAGACGGAAAGGGCAGCAGAGCUGGAGCUCAAGGCCCGAGUGUUCUCCUUUGGACAGUUCAAGACAGAAGAUCAGGACGAGAUGAUGGACUCAAUAAGUAAGAAGGUGGAGGAUGUGUACCGGGCCUGCAUCGGCCAGAACAAUGCCAACCUGAGCACCCUGUUGAUGCUCACCGCCAUCGAGAACCGCCUGGAGGAGCUCUUCGAGAAUAUUGAGAUGGUCCCCCGGGAAAAAGUGCAGGUGGCUGAGAAGGCCAAGGAGAAGGAGCGCCGCAUCAGGAAUAGGGAAGAAAAAAUGAAACUGCAGAAGCAGCAUCAAGAGGAGAGACUGCGCAAAGCACUGCAGAGAUCCCAAGCCGACAUCAAGAAAACAACAGGUAAAAAGCUGGUAUACCGUUCACAACCCCCUGUCAUCAAACAGAAGGAAGAUAAGAACCAGGAAAUCACCAACAGGGAGAAAGAGGAACAGAUUUACUUCUUCACCUAAAAAAGGUCCUGACAGUUGAAUCACACAAAAGAUAAAGUGCAUUCUUUUUCAGUAUUUCUUUGUUUCACAUGAAGAUUUUCAAUCAUGUCCUCGGAAAAACAAUUAGGUUCUAACAAUCUUAUGUAAUGUAGAAGACAAAAAUAAAUCAACUGAAUCAUGUCAUUGUAAGGAAAAGUGUAAAUAAAGAUGAUCAAGUUUACUUUCAAUAACUGGUAACUUGCUUGCAAAACUUUGUUCAGUGCUGUAUUUACAUUUCAAUCAAUUACAAUUUUGUGAGUUUUUAUAGUAUAUAUUUUGUGGAGGGAUGCAUCAUGCCAAUACGAAAUAGCCAGAUUUAUUCAUUUUCAUUCUUCAGGAUGGUUUCCUAUCCACUUGCAGUGAACUAACCCUACCCCAGUUUUUCUGGCUCUUCCAGAUUGCAUACUUUAAAUACUAGUGGGCUUUUGUAAAGUAUAAAACACUUUCAAUUAAGUUAAUUCCCACCUGCAGUAAUGCUGCGUUUGCAAUUGUUUUUGAA